AUGGCUUGCAAACACUGCCGGGACCGCAAGGUGCGUUGCGACGGUGAACAGCCGUCGUGCGCAAAGUGUGUUAGAGCCGGCGAGGAAUGCGUCUACCUUGCGACCCAGCGACCAAGUCGGGCCGACCUUACCCAGACGGUUCAAGCUCUGCAGCAGCGCCUACGUAUGAGAACCUUCCUUGCAACCCCCUUUGCACGAGCUGUGUUGGCGCCCAUCACUUUGGAGAUUGUUGUGAUGACCUCUGAGCCGCAUGCGGCUCUAGCAGAUAUCCCGGGAGGACAGAUGCACCUAGAUCCCCCAGAACAGAGUGGCCGUCAGAAUGUAGGCGGCGCCGUGGAAAUUGUCGAUGAGCUGAACUUUGCCAACGAUUUCCGAGCCCAAGCCACCAGGCUACAUGACCAUGUUGAGCCUCACCACAUCGGCACUCCCACCUUGUCCAGCUCCGGGAGCGAAACCGCCCACUGCUCAUCCCUCCCAACUCUUCGUGAGCAUGCAGCCAGCAACACCCCACAGUCGAAGCCGCCUUCAAACGACGACGGAGCUACCGCGAACAGGGCUAUCGCGACGCAAAUCGCCCAAUUUUCAUCCGCCGUCUUCCAUAGCCAGGCAGAAAUCGCCGGCAUGUCCCUUGCCGUCGCCGAGUACAUUGCGUGGAUGCGCAAGGUACCCGGGCGCAACGCCCCUCCCAACACGACCCUCGUCUACGACACGAUCCUCGAAGCAGUCGAGGCCGCCUUUAGGGACAUGACAGCCGCUCUCGGAAAUUUGGGCCCGGCCGGGUCCGAUGUGUGCGAAAGCCUCGCCGGGGUCGAAGACGAGUUUCAAAGGCGCUCGGCUGACGUGGCGGAAUUCUUCCAGACUCGGUAUAAUGCCUGUAUGCUACUUUCCGAGCAAGCGCGGGAUAUCCCGCACGCGGUGGCGGGCUCCGAAGGGCUCAGGGUAACCGCCGGGAGCCUGCCGCGGCCGGAAGAAGCCGCAGCGGCGGGAAUACGGAGUUGA